UUUCGGACUCAAAAAAAGAAAAGAACAUCUAACUCCUGAAAAUAUAUGUAAAGACCUGAAAGAAUUGAUUGAUGUGGAUCUGAAUGAAACGCAUAUCAACGACAUCUACUCACUUGGAAAGACGGAAAGCUGUCCUAUCAAAAUUGAGUUCAUCUCCCACUAUACGAAGAAAAUUGUACUCCGAAAUUGCAAUAAACUACGAGGUACACAAAUAUCCAUCGCUCAGGACCUCACCCAACAACAGCGAGAAGAGAAAAAAAUUCUGAAAAAGCACCUCCUUCUUGCAAAGCAGGAAACAUCCAAUGAAUGCUACAUUCGGGGAAACAAAUUAAUUGUAAAUGGAGUAGCUUAUAACGCAAAAGAACUGCAAGAAACGAGCGAUAUCCAUACCACCCCAAAAAGUGCUCCAGCAACGCCAACUAUUCAAUACCCAAAACUUACGUUGGAAACAUCUGAGACUCCCACCAACAAAAAUAUUUUAACAAAGGAAAAGUUGCAGAGAAUACCACAAAAUCUACUCCUGCUCCAUAAUAGUGAACAGAACAAAGAAGAAACGACAUCAAAAACUGGAAAACAUACAAAACACCAAAAUAAACCAGAAACCAAUAUUGAAAGUAAGCCAAGAACCAGAUCAAUAACCAAACCAAACUAAUUGUUUUUAGCAUAAUAACUAGUCUUGAAUUUCUAUGUUUUAAUGAACUUUAUAAACUUAACUUAUGCAAAAUUUUGAAUUGAUGAACCCAAAUAAAAACCUCUCAGUCACUCCUGUAAAAUGGAAAAGUAUAUUAAGAAUUUUGAAUUUAGUACAGUUGAGACAGAAAUAUUAUCUAACCUGGCAGAAUGUAAUGAAGUCGUGAAAAUAAACAACAAUAAGGCAAAUUUUAAGAUAAUCCACAAUAAUAUACGGAGUAUACAUAAAAAUUUCAACGACUUAUUAUGUUACUUGCAACAACUAAAUGAUAAACCAGAAGUUAUUGUUCUCACUGAGACGAGACAAAUUCAAGAUCUGAAUUUAUAUCACAUCGAUGGUUAUAACAUAGUAUACAAUGAAGGAAUGUACAAUCAGAACGAUGGUGUAGUGAUGUUCAUUAAAUCAAAUCUUGAGUUCACAUAUGAAAUAGUGAAGUUGAGCAACGAAAACAACAUGAUCUUUUGCCAUAUUUAUUUCAAUAACAGAAGUUUAUCUAUUCUCGCUAUGUAUAAAAACCCUCCCUAUUGUUGUAAACUGUUUGUAAAUUCUUUGAAAGCAUAUCUCACACAAUGCGAAAAUAAGGCAGAUUAUUUCCUCUUUCUUGGAGACAUAAAUAUUGACAUAAUGGAUGAGAAUAUGGAUAUAUCAACAAUUGAAUACCUGAAUCUUAUGGGGGAAUUUGAAUUUAUAUCUUUGAUAAAUAAUUAUACAAGGGUGACAGAAAAUACAAAAUCUUGUCUGGAUCACAUGUUUAUUAGAACUAAAUUCGACACUGAUUUUUUACUACCUAUUAUCAUCACAACAAAACUCACAGACCACUAUACUACAUAUCUCCAAAUAGUACUAGAUAAAAAAAUUAAUGAAACUGAACGGUUUGUGAAUAAUUAUACAGCAGUAGACUAUAAUAAACUUAGGACGCAUAUUCAGACGGUUGACUGGGAACCAGUAUAUCGCGCAACUAAACUAGAAUCUGCAACAAAUUUUUUUAUAGAAAUCCUAGAUAAUAAAAUUUCCGAAUGCAGCUACAAAAAAAAGUCUAAGCAAAAAAAAAGGAAAA